AUGAGUAUUUCACUUCUACGAUCUAAAUUCCUCUGUCUAAUCAACCACGAGGAAGCUCAGAACGCUAGCGUCAAAAUUCUGACCCACAGAAAGCAUGAGAGAAAGGUACUGGCAAAGGGGAUCAUGAUUGUCAAGAUUAGCUCAGAGCUCGGCAUCUCGUUUUCGUUCAAAACCUCCAGUGCGAGGUUGGUUGCAGAUCGCAAAGCCUUGCUCUCUUCCAUUUACCAUCGUCUUACCACUCUUCCAAUGAUACCUCCCUUCUCCGGGCCCACACACAAUGGGGCUUGCUCCUGGAAGCUGGCUCUCGAGAAACCUCGGCGCACCGUUCAUCGCAAUAAUCAUCACCUCAAUGCUCUAUGGGAUAACAUCUCUGCAAACGUUCAUAUUUUUUGGUAG